CCCCUGGAGGAGUGUGGCUGGCGACUGAAAUUCAACCUGGGAAUAAAUUUGUGUGUUGGUGUGUUUGUCCUCGGGGUUGAGAUACCGGCGCUAAUUAACGCCUCUGAGUGCCCUAGACACUCCUAGACUCAAACACUAGGGCGCGCUCGUCCAGAAACGGCGAGAUCACAUAGGGCUGGGACCCAGUGGGUGGGCUCUCUGGCUUCUUCUGCAACUCCUGCCCACAAUGAUUUCUAAUGCACCGAGGGCUGGGCCUCCACGGCACGCCCCCUAGGCCAUUUCCCAGUCGCAAGAGGGGACCAGCCCAGACCAACCCACUGGAGAAGUUCAUGAUAAGUGAGAGCAGACUGGAGACCUCUGGGGCUCUGAUGAGAGAGUCUCCCCACGCACACAGCCCCCUACAAGCGAUCCUGGGAGGCUCCAAGCGCUUGGCCACUCAGACCAGAAAGAUUUCCUGUGCUCUAACCAAAGCCUUCAUCCCAUUUUUCCUGGUUCGGGAACCCUGCUGGCGGAAGGGGAGCACCUGGGAGUCUCCACCACCCUACCACCCACCCCAGCAUGAAAACCUUAAAGAAACAGUGGUUAGAAAUACUGAGCACCUACCAAUACGUGCUCUGUUUCUGCUUCCUGGGCUUUUUCUUUUCCCUUGUUGGCUUCUUCCUCCUCUUCACCUCUCUCUGGUAUCUCUCUGUUCUCUACUUGGUAUGGUUAUUCCUGGACUGGGACACAUCCCAGCAAGGUGGAAGGCGAAAUCAGUGGUUGAGGAACUGCACUGUGUGGAAACACCUGAUUGAUUAUUUCCCCAUUAAGCUGGUGAAAACAGCAGAGCUGCCCCCAGACAGGAACUACGUGCUAGCGUCCCACCCACAUGGGGUCGUAGCCGUCGGAAGCAUCUGUAACUUCGCCACGGAGGGCACUGGCUGCUCGCAGCUGUUCCCAGGGCUUCGGUUCUCAGUGGCCAUGUUGAAUUGUCUCUUGUACAUGCCAGGCCAUCGAGAGUACUUUCUGUCCUGUGGAACAUGUUCUGUGAACCGUCAGAGCCUGGAUUAUGUUCUAUCUCAACCACAGCUCGGCAGGGCUGUGGUCAUCGUGGUCGGAGGGGCCAAUGAGGCCCUGUAUGCCGUCCCAGGGGAGCACUGCCUCACUCUCCGGAAUCGUAAAGGCUUCGUCCGCCUGGCACUGAGGCACGGUGCCUCCCUGGUGCCCGUGUACUCCUUUGGGGAGAAUGACAUCUUCAGAGUUAAGGUUUUUGCCCCAGACUCCUGGCAGCGUCUGUUCCAGAUCACCAUCAAGAGGCUCCUGAGCUUCUCUCCUUGCAUCUUCUGGGGCCAUGGUCUCUUCUCAGCCAAGUCCUGGGGCCUGGUGCCCCUCGCCAGACCCGUCACCACUGUGGGUGAGUGCCCUUGUCCAGGGAAGAAGGCCGCUAUCUGCUGUGCGUGCAGCCGAGGCCCCUCCCUGACCUGUGUCCCUCUGUCCCUGCAGUGGGCCACCCCAUCCCGGUGCCCCAGUGCCCACAGCCCACCGAGGAGCAGGUGGACCACUAUCACACGCUGUACAUGAAGGCUCUGGAGCAACUGUUUGAGGAGCACAAGGAGAGCUGCGGCCUCCCGGCUUCUACUCACCUCACCUUCAUCUAGCCCUGGCCUCACCUCUCCCCACCUCACAGCCCCCCCAGCCCCUGAUCCCAGUGCCUGAGCCCCCCACCAACAGCCAUGCUACUGCGUAAAUAAAGGCCAGUUCUCUCACCACUGCUUGGUAGAGUCAGACACUGGCAGAGCUCAGGCUCUCCCUCUGGAUGUGAGAAUACCCUCGUGUAAUCCCCACAAUCCUAAUGGUUUCACACUUGCUGCCU